AUGAGACUUUUUAUUGCUUUGGCUGGGAAAUCUGGUUCUGAAUAUUGGCGGAUUGACCAACGCUACACUCCAAUAUCUGAACAAACUGAGACCCCAUCUAGCCAAAGCCAACCGACUCAUGUAUCAUAUGACCCAUUCCAAGCAUUACAACGUACCUACAACCGAGCUCCAGAGAAAUUCGAUUUCGCUGAUGAUAUGAAAACAAAUGAAUCCACAAUUCGAUCGCUAAAUGAGACGUUGGCGACCAAUAACAAGAUCACCAGUUUCAAGAUAAAUUACGUUGAGGAUUUCCCAUUGCCACUCACCAUCAAUAUUGGAUCGAUCAAAAAGUUGGCAAUGCAAACAUUCAACAAUCUAGAUGCUGGGCAUCUCGAGAAACUAUCAGAGUAUUCAGCAGUGGAGUGGUUAGAUUUGAAAUACAAUUUCAAUGCAAUGCUCAAUCAUCCUAUUUUCACCAACAAUUUAAUAUUCAAGAAUAUCAGAUUCCUCUCUAUCACUGAGAAUAGUAUGGAUGACUUUUCAUUCCUUAGUUCUCAAUAUUGCAACGUUGAAAUAUUAAAACUUUCACACAUUCUCAUUGGACUAUCCAAUCUCAGACUGCCCAGCGAUGAACGUGUUUGUCAAGUCCAACAAGAACAUCAGAAUAAUCAGAGUCAAUAA